AUGUCCACAACUCAACCUUCAACUGCCGAUCCAAGACGUCCUAAUAAUGUUGUUAAUUAUCAUACACCGAAAAAAGAAUUAGAUGAAAUUGAUCCUGAUUUUUACGGAGUAGUAUCACUUCUUUUAAGUACAGUUGGUCUAAUUAUGAAGAUUAAAUGGUCAUCGUGGGUUGCUUUAGCAUUCUCCAUAAUUUCUUUAACGAAUGAAAAAGCUUCUGAUCGAGAUCCGAACGCUGGGCGCACACCAUCUUAUACCGGUAUUUUAUUUUCUACAUCAGGAUUGCUGGUUAAUUAUAUGUAUUUAUUUAUUGGAACUCCUGGAACUCCAAUUAACAAA